AAACUAUUUGUGAUCACUUGCAGGAAAGGCUCGGAACCUUUCCGAAGCAGUCUCAAAUACACCAAUGAACGAGAAAAUUUUGAAAGAAAACGUCAUUUUCUAUGGCUCAUGUUGAAUCACCCAAGGCCCUAAAUACACCGAAUCACCGAAGAGGUUUUUAACGUCAAGGAGUGUGAGCGCCAACUGCAGGUGUAUUGGAACUACUGCAGGCUGUCAUAGAAUCAAACAGACAUGGCUGAUUCAUCAAAGACAAAAGAAAAGAAAGGAGACAUCCCCAUGCCACCAAUGUCUUGCAUUGUGUGCAUCUACACUCUGGGCUUCAUGGACCUGUUUGCCAUCAGUCUGAUCCUGCCGCUGCUGCUCUCGCACGGGGAGCAGCUGGGCGCCUCGCCGAUGAUGAACGGCCUGGUGGGGUCCGUGUACGGUGGCCUGCAGCUCAUCUCUAGUCCCAUCUGCGGAAGCUUCAGCGACCAGUAUGGCCGGGCUCGUGUGCUCAUCAUCUCGCUGCUGGCGUGUACGGUCAGCUACCUGACGCUAGCCUUCUCUGAGACCAUCCUGCUGCUGGUCAUAUCGCGGGUUUUAGCAGGCUCGUUCAAGCACACGCAGACCAUGUGUCGGAUGCUGCUGGUCGAUCUGGAGCCGCCCUCGGAGCGGCAGCGCGUCAUCGGGUGGUUCAACGCCAUCUCCAGCAUGGGCUUCAUCGUGGGCCCGCCGAUCGGCGGCCACCUGGCCGGCAUGGACGACGGCUUCAGGCUCGUCACCCUCAUCUGCGCCGGACUGUUUGCAACCAUGUUCGUGCUGUCGUGUCUGCUGGUACGUGAUGGACCGCGCGCGCAGCACCACGCCGCCGCCGCCGCCGUCGGUGAGUCCCUCACCUCAUUCACCGAUGUCGACUGGCUGCGUAUCGGCGACCUGAUGGUGGUGCGCUUCUUCUACGCCUUCUCCGUGCUCCUGUUCCGCGCCAACAUGCCUUCGACGGCCGCCCGGCUGUUCGGUAUGACGCCCGUGCAGUUCGGCUACCUCAUGUCGAUGCAGGGAGUGGUGAGCGCCGGUGCCGGCUUCCUCACCGGUCCUAUAGAGCGGUUCUGCGGGGACCGUCUGACGGAACUGGCGCUCACCUCGGCUGUGUUCACGGCGGCUCUGACUGCAGCCAGCCUGGCGCCGAGUAUCACCUGGCUAGCCCUGGCGCUGAUACCGCUCUGCGCCUGCACGUCCUCACUGCGCGCGUGCGGCACGGCUCUGACCCUGGACCGCACGCCGGCGGCGCACCAUGGCCUGGUAAUGGGCGCGGGUCAGAACAUCGCCUCCGUGGCGCGGCUGGCGGCGCCGCUGGCCGCUGGUGCCGCGCAGCAGCUGGUCAGUGAUCGAGGACCGGGCCUGGUGGCCGCCGCGUGCGCCGCCAUCGCGCUGGGAGUGGCCGUCUACAUCCGUCAGACAGCACAGUCCAAACGGGAGAAACAGGAGUAGCCGGCUGGAUGCGGGUGGUCGCUCGACAAAGGUGAGCUGACUGCCCAAUAUCACCGUGAAGAGUGGAUACUGUGAGAGACGUGAUACGAUCAAAGGCGGGUAUCUUAUGCCGUCUUUUUGUCGCUCAGUAUUUGGCCAAAGUUGACGGUGAGUCACAUCUGAUCUCACUGUGUUCGGCUGUGUGGGAUGGCUGGUGGCUCGUAGUAUUGGAGUUCAGUGUGUGAGAGUGUCGUUAAAUUACCUACAAGGAAAAACGCCUAUCGGCUAUUGGCGCUCGUUCACCUUUAUUCGGUACAGGGUUACGGCAAAUUGCAUUUAACUGCAUAGCGCACAACUCCCUUUCGAGGAAUGUGAAGGUGGAGAUGGUAUAUUUAGGUAUAUGUUUUAUAUCCCAUCCAAGGUAUCUUGGCCUAGUGUGUGCUAUCAUUAUAUUUUUUAACUACUUGCUAAAAUUUAUACAGGGUAAUUUCAGUUGUUCUCCAAUCACUCCCUAGGGUGUCUUUUGCCAAUGCAUCAAAUCAUUUAAGGUCACAUUAUGUGCUUGUUAUGGCGCCAACGGUCAUUAAAGUGAUUGGUAUAUUCUGUUAAUUGUUAUGUAUAUCGUUAUGCUUUAUUCAAUGAUAUAAGUCAAAUAUUCUGACAGGCGCAUCAAGUCAUAUUUUCCAGCUAAAUACCCGCUGACUUUCAAAACUAGCCAGCAUCGGUAUUGAAUCGCGAUCUUUGUGAAUACGCCUUUGUGGAAGUUCAUAGUGGAACCUGCUAGGUGAAAGGCCUGUGUCAGGAAUGACAGUUGAAACACAUGGGCAGAUUUGUUGCUUGUUGGGGAUGGGACCAUGAAUACAUUCUAUUGCAGUGCA